AUGAAAGAAGCGGCGUAUGCUGAGGAGUUGAAAGUUCUUGCAGAGUUCAAAAACACAAAGAAUGAGUGGUAUGUGAAAGAAACUGGGAGAAGACGCAGAAAGGCGACUCCUAUAGUUCAACAGGGUGAAGGAUCGUCAUCAAAACCUAGAAAGAAGCAAAAGAAAGCAACAACAAUAUCUUUGAUUGAUGAACCGGAAGAAGAUAAUCCGGUGGUUACUGCAGAAAAGGAACAAGUGGCAGCUACUGAAGAUGAUCCAUUUAAUACUGAUGUAUUGUUUGAUACUGAAGUUUUAGAAACAGGGCCAGAAAUUGUUGCUAAUGUUGAACAAGUUGUAAAUGUUGAAAGUCAGAAAGAGAAAGAAAAGAUUGUUGAAGACAUUGAAGGAGACCAUGUAGAUAAGAGUACAACAAGUUCAUCAAGUUCUUCAGAUGAUGGUAUUGACGAGAUUGAAAGUCGAAAAAGAAUUCAAGAAGAGAUAGAAAAAGAGAAGCUGUUAAGAAAGAGAAAGAGACAGGAAAAGGACGAUGAUGAUGUUUAUGUGCCUUCUCCAGAACAUGUCUCAGGAUCACAAUCUUCUCCAAGAGUUAGAAAGAAAGCUGGAGGUUGA